ACAACCCAGCUAGAACAGAACGCUCAACCACGCACCUUCCCCUCGCCUCCCCUGGGUCCUCCAAACCCUAAUCCUCACCUCCCUGCCCGCCGUUGACAUGCCGCACCCUCGAUCAGGCCAUCGCCGCGACCGCACCCGCAGCCCCCUGGACGAUAGCCUCCGUUCGGGCCGCUCGUCGGCGAUGCACUUUGAUGUUCCAGUCGCCGAUGGGCGAGAGGUUAUUUCCGUCGAUUGCCACGGGGUACGCACAACCAUCUUCGUCGACCAAGGUACCGACGGAACCUACUCGACGGAAACUGUUCGAGGGCGGUUCCAGAGCAUCGAUCAACUCAUGCACGCUUUGGGUGCCUCCGUUGGCUCACCGUCUGACGAGGAGGAGCAUGUGGGAACCACUGCAUCUGCGCAAACGCCCCAUCCAGACGGGCUCCAGCAUCUAGACUUCAGCGAUCUAAUGUUUAAGGAGCAGCACGCAACUGAGCCUGCAUCUGCACAAACACUGUGUAAACUGGAUCUCUUAUCCUUGAAGGAUCUGCGCUACCCUACGGCAAUGGAUGUAUCGCCCACCAUUGCCACAUCCUUGCCCUCUCCGUGUCAGACCAUUGCCACGUCCUUUCCCUCUCCGCUUCACACCAUUGAGGCCUCGCCACCAUCAGGGCGCUCUCUUUCCUCGUCACCUAUUUGGAAAAAGUGUGACUUUAUCUGGGAAAUGACAUUUCACACCAUCAAAGAUCUUGGGGGGUAUUUCCGCAUUUUUCCUCAUGUGGGUGGACCGUUUCGGAGUAAAGAUGAAGCUUACAAGGGUAUUGCUCGCUACCUUGCUGAACACGAGGAUCCGUCAAUAGGUCGUGGCCUUUCUGAAGUGGAUAAGCUUAUACAACACUGCCGUUACUUUCCUGAUGGCACAAAGAGGCGUUUGAAAGCAGGACAACAAAUUGAUAAAAGGCGUGAUGCGAAUUACCAAUUGGUUCAAGCUGUGUUGUACAAGUACAAUGAGCAUCACAAUCUUUCUGGGGAUCGUGCAUAUGAAGUCAAAUAUGUUCCGGAUAAGCCAGUACGUUGGGAGGAAGAGAACUGUAGGAUGUACAUUCAUAUGAAUUUCACUGCAAAGACCAAAGUUUCUGAUGAUAAUAUGUUCUUUACUGAAAUCACACAUGGGACCGGAAAAGGUGGUGAAUUAACGGUGAACUGUUGCUGCAUUGUCAAACAUCUUGAUAAUGGUCCCUGCCUUGGUUGUGAAACUUCUGUGAAGCACCCUAAUGAUGGUAAUGCAUAUACUGGUGGUCGCAUGAAUGCCACAUAUAGCCAACCAUUCGGUCCUAGUUGGUGCCGCGACUACAAUGAAGACUCUGAUGAAGAGGUGGAAAGACUGAGAUUUCUGUUUGGUGUAACGAUAUAUUCUUCUGCAGUACUAGGAGCUCCAGCCACUGCCGGCGUACCACUUGAGGUUUAGGCAAACUUUGAUUGGCACUUCUGGCCAAUAAAGUUGACAUCGUGGGUCAUGCGCUGAAGAGAAGCAGGCCUUGUGGUGGGAGACUACAGAAGAGAAUUAAGGGGAAGUACAGUGGUUUCACGGUCCUGUUACCCGCCAGGCAAUGUUCAGUACAGUAUAAUAUAAUUAUUCUCCCAAGUGCUGUGCAUGCCUUGGAGCCGCAAUUUGAACCUGUUGAAUAAAUGUUGAAUCUUCUGUAGUUUAUUUCUCUUUUGGUGUUUGUCUUAAUUGCCAGUUGUCUCUGUCCUCCUAUUAUCCGUAUUUUGUUCUGGAAAUUCUUGAUGAUAUAAUGUAUAAUUUUGUAAGAACAAGUGGCCAGCCAUCUGUGACGAUGUUAUUCGCAAGUGAGCAGCAUAAUUGCCAGUUGUGUUCACUGUCCUCC